CCAUAAUUUUAGACCCAAAGGUUCGUACCCAAACUUCCCUCGCGCCUUAAUCAACUGAUAAUAGUAGUAAAAUACUGUGAUUUCCGUUUCCAAGAAAGAAACUAUUAUUAUUUUUAUUGCCUACGUUACAAUCAGCAAUACCUGUGUAUUUUGCAAUGCAUCAAGCUGGCGGGGAACUCGCUAUAGUUGUCUCAAGGUGCACUUUUUAUCAGGCGGGAGGUAUGACAAAGAGGCACGGAUUUUAAACAUUCAUUGCUAACUUAUCCACGAAAAGAGAUGUAACAGGUCUACUGUAUGUAUGUGAAAGAGGUUUCAAGCUGGAAGUCACAUGUGACACGGUAACUACUUCUGGAAAAAAAACACCAUCCAAAGGGAAAGUAUUUGGAACUUGGGGCAGUGCAACCUUUUGUAAAACUUGGUUAGGUCCCUUCUUCCUCCCCAAGUUUAACGGGGUCAUUGCUAGUAGCACGAAGGUGGAGAGGCCAUCAUGAUGGGUAAGCGAGCGGGGAAAAGCCCUCAUGGAGUGGACCCCAGUGAGCAAGCGGUCAUUUCAGCUAGAUUCUGCUCCCGCUUCAGGAGGCUGUCAGUGAUCCAGGUCUACGCGCCACACAACGAGAGGUAGGAGGAAGAGAAAGAACACUUCUAUGAGGAGCUGCAGCAGACGAUAGACGAAUGUAACAGGAGCGACAUUGUGGUAGUGAUGGGCUACUUCAACGCCAAGGUGGGAGGAGACAAAGGAUACGAAAGUAGCAUACGGAGACACGGGAUGGGAGACAGGAACGACAACGGAGAGAGGCUCUGCGAUUUUUCCGUGGCAAAUGGUCUGGCCAUCACAGGAAUAUUGUCUCAGCACAAGGACGUUCACAAGACAACAUGGGUCUUAGCAAACGGGAGAGUGAGGAAUAAGAUCUACCAUCUUCUGAUCAGUAGGCAGUUGAAAUCUGCAGUUCUCGACCCUUCAGUGCAGAGGGAGGCCGAUGUCAACAGCGACCACUACCUCGUCAGGACCAAGAUCCAGCUGAGACUCGGCAAGUAUGGCAACGUGAAAAAGUUCAAGCCCAGGUUCAACAGAGACAGACUGAAGGACACAGGUAUAAGACGGAUUUACUGUGAGGUAGUGAGGAGGAGGCUCGAGGAGAACAGAAUAGAGGAAAGAAAAGCGAUAGAGGAGUUGUGGGAGGCCCAGAGUAAGGCAUACGUGGAGGCAGCAGAGGAGGUCCUUGGGUUCCGCAAAGGCAAGAGCAAGCUCUGGAUCAGCCACAAACGUGGAAGGUGAUAGACGAGAGGAAGGAAAUCAAGACCAAACUGGACAGCACUAAAUCAGAGAGGGCACGGAAAGGGAUCAGAGAGUAGUAAAGGCAGAAGGAUAAGGAGGUGAAGAGAAGCGUGGGAGAGGAUACCAGGAAGUGGAUGACAGAGUCGGCCCAGGCGACACAGACAGCAGUAGAGAACCUGAGAGCUAAGGAGCUGUGAGACAUCAACAGACAACUGAGCGGCAGGGGGCUGAGGAAGACGGCGGCAAUCACUAACAAGGAUGGAAAUCUUCUCAAGACGAAGGAAGAAAGGCAGGCGAGAUAGAAGGAGCACUUUGAGGGAGUCUUGAAUAGGGAGUCACCACCAAACCCAAAUCGACGGAUGAGGAGAUGAGGGAGGGGCAGCUAGAAAUCUACACGGAGCCACCAACACAGGAGGAAACCAAAAUGGUGGUGCAGACUCUCAAGAAUGGCAAGGCAAGAGGAAUUGACCAGAUAACAACAGGACUGUUGAAGGUUGACACAGAAAGCACUUGCGUGGAACUCAAGCGCCUAUUUGACCUGAUUUGCAAGAAGAGAAACUGUCGGAGAAGUGGAAACAGGGACAGAUAUGCAAGAUUCCGAAGACAGGGAACCUACAGCAACGUGGUAAUUGGAUAGGAUUGGCGCGGCUACCUAUUGCUAGCAAGGUGCUGGGAAAGAUUCUGAUCAGCAGAAUACAAGGCAGUGCGGACCACAGGCUGAGGAAAGAGUAGGCAUGGUUUAGACCAGGAAGAGGCACAGUCGAACAGAUCUUCAUCCUACGUAACAUCUUGGAGCAAGUAAACGAAUGAAAUGCAACCAUCCAUGUACUUUCAUUUCGUCGACUUCGAGAAGGCGUUUGACUUGGUGUACAGAGACAGCCUGAGGAGGAUAAUGAGAGCGUACGGGAUUCCAGACAAGCCGAUAGGAAUGGUGAAGGUGCUGUAUGACGAAUUUACAUGCGCAGCGAUCGACGAAGGAGAAAUAACGGAGAAAUUACCGGUGGUCAACGCCGUGAAGCAAGGAUGUUGCAUGUCGGGAUUCCUGUAUUUAAUGGUCAAUGACUGGGUGAUGAGGAAGACGGUGGACGAACAGAGGACAGGCAUCAGAUGGGACUUUCCAAGGCUACUGGCAAACAUUAACUAUACGCAGACGGCCCGCUUCUGCUAACAUCAAGAGCAGACCAUAUGCAGGGAAGAAGCAGCCAGGCUAAGGGAGAAUGCAGGCAGGGCAGGAUUGAAGCUGACCCUACAGAAAUUCAAGUGGAUGAGGGUCAACAGCAGGAACAACGAGGGACUGAAAGUAAGAGACAGCAUGGUGGAGGAAGUGGACAGUUUCAAUUACCUGGGGGCGCAAGUGACGAAGGACGAAGGACGAAGGAGCAACAUUGGACAUCAAGAUAGAAGAGGAUAGCGCUGGCUUAUGCAAGCUUCAACGGGCUGAACAAGAUCUGGCACGCAAGACACAUCAGGAGAAAGACAAAGACAAGGCUUUUCAAGACGCAAGUGGUGCUUUCAGUGCUUCUCUACGGCUGUGAAACGUGGAACACGACAAACGGAAAGGAAAAGAAGCUUGACAUCUUCCAGACCAAGAGCCUCCUAAUCUUCCGCAUCAGAUGGCAGCAGCGCCUGCUAAACAAGGAAGUGCUGGAGAUGGCAGGAACAGAUCCAAUAAGUGGGGAGGUAAGAAGGAAGAGAUGGUGCUGAAUUGGACAUGUCUUGAGGAAAGAAGUGAACAACGACUGUACUGUUGCCCUUGGAUGGAGGCCGGAGGGGAAGACAAGCAGAAGCAGACCCAAAACUACCUGGCGUCGCACUGUAGGGAAGGAGAGAGAGACAAGGUUGGAACAGAUGGAUAAGAGCAAGACAGGCAGCAAACAACCGCCAGCAGUGGAGGGAAGAUGUCCGGGCCUUGUGGCUCCAGUCGCCAAGAAAUUUAACUUCAGCUACCAUCGCCAGUUGCUCUGAUUGUGUUGGCCACUGUAUUUCUAUGGUAUGAGAUAAAAUAGUUAUGCAACCCUUUC